GUAUUGUCGGUCGUUCGGUCGGACGUGGUUUGUGAGUAAAUAACAGCUGGAUGCGCAACGGGAUUUCACGGCGGCGUGUCGACGUGCGAGCGCGACGACAGUAGGAUAGUACGAUCCUCACGACGGCCGUGUGUGCGCGCGAGAAAGCCGCGACGACGAUGGGCCUCUUCCAGACAUCCUCGCCCUUCGACGCUGACGUCGAAAAGGCAACCAACGAGAAAAAUGUGACAGAAGAAUGGGGAAAGAUAAUGGACAUCUGUGACAAAGUAGGCACCUCCAGUCAAAACGCUAAGGACUGUUUACGUUCAAUCGUUAAGAGAUUGUACUGUCAAGAUCCUCAUGUGGUUAUACAAGCUAUAACAUUGUUGGAUGCCUGUGCCAGUAAUUGUGGGAAAACUUUCCACUUGGAAAUUGCGUCCAGAGAUUUCGAGGGUGACCUAAGAAAGCUUAUAAAUCAUCCACAACCAAAAAUAGUAGAUAAAACCAAGGUGCUUUUGAAAAAAUGGGUGGAAGGUGAUUUUAAGACAGAUCCACAAUUAAAUCUAAUCCCAAGUUUGUAUAAUAAACUCAGAAGUGAAGGCCAUGACUUUUCCUCUGUCUCAGAUACGCCAAAACGUUCUACCACUUUGAGCAGAGAUCCUAACGUAGUAACAAAUUCACAAGAAGAAUCGGAUAUUGCAAGAGCCAUACAACUUUCGUUGCAAGAAAAUAAAGCACAUACUCAAAGCACUUCGUCGCACAGCUCGCCAGCUUCUAAAAAAAGUACUAGUUUAUAUCCUAGUGUGAAUUCAGUGCUUGGAGCAACAAGCACUUCUCAAGAAGGCAGGAAAGUACGUGCUCUGUACGAUUUUGAAGCAGCAGAGGAUAACGAAUUGACAUUCUUAGCGGGGGAAAUAAUUAAUAUUUUAGAUGAUUCUCACCCAAAUUGGUGGAAGGGUAGCAAUCAAAGGGGCGAAGGACUCUUUCCCUCCAAUUUUGUUACUGCUGAUUUAUCUGUUGAACCAGAAGAGUUUACAAAAUUAGAACAUAGUAACAAGAAAUUAGUGCAAUUUGCGGAAGAAGUAGAGGUGAAAAUGGUGAAACGCGAACCCGAAGUGGUGGAAGUCGAAAUAGAUGAAAAGAAAAUGGACAGAUUAUUACAUCUACUUCAUGAAGCUGAUCCGCAAUGUGAUACCUCCGAUCCUCAAGAAAUGCUUGAUUUAGAAGAACAAGUUACGGCGAUGGGGCCCUUAAUUGACGCAGCUUUGGAGAAAGUGGAUAGGCGGCAUGCGCAGCUUACCCAAUUAAGUUCCGAUUUGGUCGACGCCCUUAAUUUGUAUCAUACCCUGAUGAGAGAACCUCCGACACCGUCUGGCUAUACUCUGCCUAAAAUGCAGCCACAUAUGAGUCCUUAUCCAUUCCACAAUCCGGGACCACCACCAACACACAUGUUUAAUGGUAUGCCACCUUCUCCGUUUUCCACCGGAGUCGGUUCGAGUCAAGUAGGGCCGUAUAACGUGAGUUUACCGAGCAACGAGUACAUGGGUCCUACUAGUAUGCCAAACAUCACUUUACCCCAACAUUUUCAUGUUCAAUCGGGACCUCACCAACAUCCGCCUGGACAUCCACAAGCGUCAUCUUUGCCGCUGCCUGAUCAAAAUAGCCUCUCUUAUCAACCACAGGGCAGAUAUCCGCCCCAAAGCGGCCCAGUACCCGGGCCAUAUGGUCCGCCUGGACCUACAAGACCAUCUAUAAAUGAGCAAUCACAAUAUGCUCCACCAAAUGGGCAACACAUGAUGUAAAGCAAAGCUAUGCGUUAUGAACUCAUCUUGUACUCUAAUUCAAGUUGUACAAUAUUACUCUAUUAUAAUUAUUUAAAUAAACAUACCCAAAGUAGCCAAAGAUAUGAUGGGUUUUUAAUAAAAAUUUUAUGUUUGAAUCUAGGAUCUACUGUUUUAAAAGUAUACAUGCGAUUAGGAAAAGCAAAGCAGAAAGUGACUUAUGUCAUUUAUAUAACACGUUUACACACGUUUAGUUUUCUGACUAAUAUUUAUUGACUCACAAUCAAACUUCAGUUUUAAUUUAUACAUUCCUUUAACCAAUUUGAUUUCUGUUAUUUGAUUUACAUUAUUAAACAAAUAUUCAUUAAAUAUCAACGUAUCUGUAAAAAUAUGUUAAAUCCCACACAUAUCUAUAUAUUAUUUUAAAUAAUACUUUUUUCCUAUUAUAAUUUCAUAUAUAUACAUAUAUAUGUAUAAAUAUAAAAACGAUUAAUUCUUCGUGCUUUGUUUUACAUCUAAGUUGUAAGCAUUGUCACAUAUGUGUCAUAAACUGUACAUUUUGCAUUUUUAAAUAUUAUAUAUAAUCUGAAUAAUAUGUUUCUGCAAUGUGUUGUAAAAAUACAAGAAAUACGCGAUUUUGGAAUUUGCAUAUGAAUAGGAGAGCUCAAGAGAUGUUUUAUAGUUUUCUACUCUGCCAUCGAUCAAGUAAUUGCAAAACGAGGACUGUUAGGAAACGAAGUGAUAUUAUUGUUAAAAGAGUGUUAAAAUCACAAAGUGUUAUUAAGACUUUUAAUUAUCAAACAGUGGUUGAAACAUCUUUUGCAAGAAAAUGUCUUAAUAUGGUCUAGUCUCUCCAUUGUGUACAAUAAGACUAUUCCUACUAAUUGUUUAAAAAAUAGCAAGACUACGAGAAAUUUUUUAUCGAUUGUUAAAUAAUAAGUGAUAUAUUUGUACAUAGGAUGAAACGUUCUGUCUCGCAUAUGACAAAAAUGGUCCAAUACUUUUCAAUUGCUUAAAAAUAUAUUAAAAUUAUUACAAUAUGUUAAAAUGUUUUAUUUUCCCAUACAAUGCAUAAUUGUUCAAUUUUGGUUUUUGUUACAAAAUUCGGUUUUUGUUAUAAAAAAUGAGGGAAAAAAUAAUGUAAAAAGUACACAAUGGUAUUGUGGGCGAAACUUACGCCUCAAAUUUAGGUGGAAACAUAAUUUAAGGCAUAAUUUAUAUGGGCAGAACGUAUCAACGUCUUUGUAGCAGCGAUAUUCUGUAUGUACAUCGUAUGUUUAAGCGAAUAAAAAAAAUGGAAAUGAAAUAGAAACUAAAAGCGAGAUAAAUUACAGGUCCUAUGGAGAGUAGGCGCUAUUUAUGCUGUGUAUGUUACGUUACCAUUAAAGUGGCUUUAUUUAUAUUUUUAAUUACCACUUUAAUUCCUUUUUUCUAAUAUACAUAUAUACUGAUUCAUCUGGCGAAAGAAAAUCUCGCGACAAAAAGCGAUUGUAUAUUAUGUAAAUAUCACAAAAAAUACAUUUUUCGAAAUGUU